AAAGAAUUGAAAAAGACGAAGAAGAAUUUGCCAGCAUCCUCGUCGUAUCUGGACUCAUAGAUAUGUCUGGACUCAACACACAAUAGGAGAGGUGAAUCGGCUAUGAGACGGGUCUCUUUUAUUCAUUUCUAGGUCACAGCAUGGUGAAGGUCCUGGUGGAUGUGGACUGUGGGGUAGAUGAUGCCUCUGCCAUCAUGAUGGCUCUGGCUGAUCCUGAGGUCCAGCUUCUGGGUAUCACUUGUGUCAAUGGCAACACGAGUGUGGAGAAUGUUUGCCGGAACACGCUACGGGUCCUCAAGGCUUGCCGGCGCCCGGAGAUCCCUGUGUUCCGUGGGGCCUCGAGGCCUAUCCUCGGCAACGUGCUGAUGGCGGAGGCCUUCCAUGGGAAGGAUGGGCUUGGCGAUGUCCCAGACCCCGAUGCUCCAGGCCUGGAGCUGAUCCAGAAGGAGGGGGCAGUGGAGGCCAUGAUCCGGAUCGCCAACGAGCAUGCAGGAGAGGUGUCCCUAGUGGCAACAGCCCCUCUGACGAACCUGGCUUUGGCUGUGAGACUCGACCCCACGUUCCCUAAGAAGCUCAAGGGUCUCUAUAUCAUGGGAGGGACCACUGAAGCUAGGGGGAACACCACAAUGUGCGCUGAGUUCAAUUUCGCCGCCGACCCAGAAGCGGCUUACAUCGUGUUGAAUGAUUUCCCGUGCCCUACCUACAUAGCAAGUUGGGAGUUCACCUGCAUGAACAUACUGUCUUGGGAUUUUUAUGAUCAGUGGUUGGACCAGGACUCUGAAAAGGCCCGCUUCAUGAAGCAGAUCUUCCAGUACAGCAGAGAUGUCUCUCAGAGGCAGUUGGGGGAGGCAGGCUUCGCGUUUUGUGAUGCGUUCGCCAUGGCAGCGGCAAUUGAUAAAUCCUUCGUCACAGAAUGCGAGGAGGUGCCGGUCACCGUGGAGUUGGCAGGCACAUAUACGCGAGGUAUGAUGGUCAUAGAUAGGAUGAGCUAUCUGAAGAAGGAACAUAAAGCCUUCAUCCUGCAAAAGGUGGACAUGGAGAAGUUUAAGACCCUCUUUAUGAAAGCCCUUGAAUAACCAGUCAGAACCAAGAUGGUGCCCAAGCAGUUCAGCUGGCCAAGUGGAAGAUGCGUGGAAAUAGUGGAGAACACAGUCUGGGGCCUGACCAAGAAUAAUAUUACUGGGUAAUGAUACACAAACCAUAAAGAAUACUCUCAGAAGCCAGUAUAAUAUAGAAUAUUGUAUAGCACUGUAUCACACUUAGUGAAUGUAAUGCUUAGGACAAUAUUAUAAAGAUGUAACCAGCAAAAUACAAUGUAACCUUGUAACUUUUAGAGAAUACAGUCGUCCCUCGCCACUUCGCGCUUCGACUCUCGGGGCUUCACUCUCUUUUUUGUAUAUUCAUUAAAAAGUUGAUCGAGACAGUGAAAAUGAUACAUCGUUACGUGUCAGAAGCAUUUUUGCUCUUCGUAAUUAAAUGUACAAUAAUAUAUUUGUAACAUCUAAUACGUCUUAUUUUCUCUGAUUUUGUCUAAUAUAUGUGGUAAUACCAGUGUAAUUGUCAUGACCUUCUUGUACGAUCCUCUUGUGUGUCACGCCCCCUUAUUAACCAUUUGUGCAACCCCGAUUGUAACCAGCUGUUUUUUGUCCGGUGUAUUUAAGUCCACGUCAGUCUGUAACCCCAGGUCUGUCAUUGACGUUUUGAUGUUACAUGUUCCUGUGUCCUGCAUUUGGAGUGAUUCCAAAUAAACCCUUUGAUCCUG